AUGAUGAUAUAUAGAGUGAUUGAUCUGAUUGUGCGUGAGGAUACAUUUAAGCUGUUUACAAACAGGUCUGGAUCGAGUGUGUUUGAUGCGCUUGAGGAGGCGCCGAGGAUCAAGACUGUAGAAGACUUUGAGAACAGGAUCAGGGGGUACUUCAACAGGAUUUUGCAGAUGGCUUCUGAGGACUCGCUGUAUUUCAAUGAGGCGUGUAGGAUGCUGAAUUUUGCAGAGCGGGUAUUUAAAGAGCUAAGGGAGUUGAAUGAUUUUGUGAUAGAUAGUGGCAUUAAGAAUCCGAUGGAUGAUGUUGUUAGGAUGUAUGAGGAGUCAUUGAAGCGAUUUGUUGAAGAUGUAGAUGCGCCUGUUGUUAGAGAGCAUGUGAAGUUUAUUAUCUCAUGA